CUUCACACACUUUCCCUUCUCUUCUCUUCUCAGUCGCCAACAUCCUCUUCACUCUCUCUCUUCUCAACAUCACUGAAUUCCCUCCCUGCUAUGCCUGCCACGCCCUCCACGCCCUCCACGCUAAGCGCCCGUCUGCAAGCCCUCGUCAAGGGUCCUCAAUUCGUCUGGUGGUUGGGCCAUCUCACCGUGCUGAUCUGUACGGUCUUCUACCUUCCGUACUGGCUCACUUUCAACUACAAGGCCGGAUCGCAUUGGUACUCCCGCGCCUUCCUCGGCGCCAUCCUCAGCUAUGGUGUUGUCGUCUACAAGUCAUUCCCCAAAUUCAAACUCGAGGCUCAAUUUCUCCAAAGCGUCUUUGUCGAGGAGAAUGUCCAGUACUUCUUGAUGGCUAUUUUCUGGUGGCGAUCAACCCCAAUGCUUGCGCCGUUGAUCCCCUACGUCAUUUUCGCCUUCUUCAACGCACUUAACUACACAAGGACCAACCUCAUCCCAGCCAUCUACCCUGGCUCGUCUGUGGAUCUCAAGGCGUCACAGGCUGCUGGCAUCUCGCGUAAGAUCCAGGUCUGGACCGAGAAGAAUCAUUCCAGCGCCAUGGUCCUUGUCGCCUAUGUCGAAAUCAUCGGUGUCAUGGGCUCUUCAAUCCUCGGCGCUAUCACAUUCCAAUCGUCGUUCCUCGCGCCAAUUGUGUAUGCUAAUUUCUUGCGUUUCCGCUACUUCUUUUCGUUGCACACGCGUGCUGCGUUCGCAGUACUCCGUGGUCGUGUGGAUGCUCACGUUAUCGGUAACCCCAAGCUUCCUCCCAAGGCUAUUAAAGCCUACGAAUUCAUGCGUGGUGCCAUCAUCCGCUUUGGUAUGGCUGCCGUUCAGCAGCCCGCUGCAGACCGCGCUCAGUAACCUUCCCCUUCGUAGACCCCCUCUUGGAUCGAAAAUAGAAUCCAUGGACUAUUUACUCUUUAACUCCCUUUCUGGAGAUGGAUAUCCUGCAUCCAGCCUGCUCUCUUGAGUGGCAGGCAAGUUCGAUUAUCAAAUAAAGCACCAUAUUCAGAUUCGUAUCUCAGCA